UUGUUUUUCCGCUUCCGGGUCAAGCACAGUCUCCACAAACAGCCAUAAUGUUGACCCGACUGUUACGGCUCGGCCCCGCUCUACCCCGGUUACUUGCUCGUCCGCCGGCAAGGUUUGUCUCUCAGUCCAAACCGAGCGGUGCCGCCGGUUCUCCCGCUAUGACGGAGCUGCACCCCACGGUUGACCAGGGUGGACACGGUGAGGUCAGCCAGUACGUCAAGAAUCCAGAUUACCAUGGCUUCUCCAGUGAUCCUGUGGUGGAUGAGUGGAACAUGAGGGUGGCCUUCUUCUUUGGCAUCUCACUGACUCUUGUGAUCGGAUCAGCAUUUAUCCACUAUUUACCAGACCAUGGAAUGCGGCAGUGGGCCAGAAGGGAGGCUGAGCGUGUGAUCCAGCAGAGAGAACAGGAGGGUCUUCCUCUCAUAGAUGAGAACUAUUACGACCCUAACAAGAUCAUUCUACCGUCUUCUGGAGAGGAGUAGGAUGUCUUUAUCUCUAUCAUCCACCUUCUGUGUUUCAUGAUUAUUGUAUUACACUAUAAUAAAUGAUAUUAGGUAUUGAGUUGUGUAA